AAUGAGAAAGGUAUCAACAUAAACUAUACGCUAAAUGUUAAAGAAUAUUCCAUUCUCUUCAGAGCUUAUCUAUACUCAAAACAUUUCCUUUUUUUUCUUCUUAUUGCUACGAUUUUAUUGGAUAAUCGUACUAAUUAAGAUAGUUGGCUAUCCCGCACGAAUACUAGAUAUUUUAAUUUAUGACGAUUGUAUAGCAAUCAUUUGUGUGGUUUACGCCAUGGCCAUGGACCGGACCGGACCUGACUCAAUGUUCAAUAGUUUUAGAUUAAUUAAAUAUUAUACUUUAUACAUAGCCAACUUAGCCAAUAAGGUGGCUACUGUAGUCAAGUUUCAGCAAUAUGACCAAUAACAGAUGUAUAACCCAGAUCAGAUACUUUUUGCUGAAAAACUCUACACUAGACAUUCUUGAAAUCCUAUAAAAUUCUAAAAGAUGUGUGAACAAAAGACAAGGCAAAUAAUAGUAAAAUCCAAUAAGAGAUUUAAGAGAAAACAUAAUAGUAAGAGUGUAAGAGCAUAAUUAAUCCUAAAACCGUUCACAGUUUCUUAGGCAAUUUUUUUUUUGUCUAAAAGAAUAAAAAUAAGUUUAAAAGCGAACCAACCGCGGCCACCACAUAUCGGUAGGGUCCGCGAACAGUGUAAAAAACCCUCCACAAUCGAUCCUUAUUUUGUUGUUUCUGUCACCGGUUUCAAAAUUUUUGAUGGGGUCUAUGCACUAAUUUGUUUUAAGAAACCCCAUUAACUACCGCGAUAAUCAUGGUCUAAGACAGUAAGACCUAAUAAAAAAAGUUUGAUAGUUCUUUUAAGUGAAAGAUAUUUUUGAAGCGAACGCUAAAAGAAAUAAAAGUUUUUGAAGAACAAAACUUCACUUUGAAAAUAGAUAAAAUGUGUAUAUAAGUUUUACUAGAUUAAUAGAUUGUGUUUCUAUACCUCUCAAAAAAAUUCUUUAAAAAACUAGAUUUAUGAUUAGUUGCCGAUCAACUUUGUUGGCUUGAACAACACCAGAGCCAAUUCUUUCACUUUUGUACUUGUAAUUUUUUUUCUUACUUCUACAUCUUUUCUCUAUCUCUUAGCAUAUUUGAAACUUUUGCUAUGAUUUAUUCUCAGAUUUGUGGAUUUAGCUUUUGUCGACGUGACAACUUCUGUUUGGUAUUUGAUCUUGUAUAGUUUUGUUUGUUUGCUUUGGCAUUUGUGUUUCAUUUGUUCUGUUUUUCCUUUUUUGUUAUUUGCUUGUUGAUUUUAGAGUUUGUCUUAGUUUGUCUUUAUCUCAGCAACGUCGAAGCAAUGACUUGGUGGUCUGUGGGUUUGGUUUCUAGAGAUUCUAUGUAUUUCACGGUCCUUUGAUAUUUUGAUCGUGUAUUCUAUCUAUCCAGUGUUACUAAUGAAAACCCGAUGAUGAAAAGGUCUACUCAUACAAGUUCAAGAUCAGUCUGAAUCAAGUAUCAAAGAUUCUGAAGCCAAACAGAGAAGUAUGAUAUUGUCUUUUCUUUUGAUCAAGCACUUAUUCUCGAGUUUCAUUAGCAAGAGGCUUGAAUCAAACGAGCAUCCGGUUUUCUAUUCGAAGCAGGCUUAUCGAACGAACCAUCCGGUUUAAUAUUUGACCCACUUGGUUUAAGUCUGGAUUACGUUUAGCAGUUCAGCUUAUUUUUUUCGCCAGAUCUAUUUUUUUAAUCAGCUUAUAAAAACUUUAGAAAGAAAAAAAAAAUCCAGAUUGCUCUCCACACAAGCAUUUUUUUUCUCCGUCGAUCAACAGUGCGUUCAGUGUUUGAUUUUAAGAAGAAGCCAUGGCGGGGCAUAAGAUUGAAACAGGUCACGAGGACACCGUCCACGACGUGCAAAUGGAUUACUACGGGAAGCGAGUAGCCACCGCCUCCUCUGACUGCACCAUCAAGAUCACCGGCGUCAGCAACAACGGCGCAUCCCAGCACCUAGCUACACUAACCGGCCACCGUGGUCCCGUCUGGGAGGUCGCUUGGGCCCACCCGAAGUUCGGGUCAAUGCUAGCCUCAUGCUCCUACGAUGGCCAAGUCAUUCUCUGGAAAGAAGGCAGCCAAAACCAGUGGACUCAGGCCCACGUCUUCACCGACCACAAAACUUCGGUCAGCUCCAUCGCCUGGGCUCCUUACGAGCUCGGACUAUCCUUGGCCUGCGGUUCGUCUGACGGGAACAUCUCGGUGUUCACGGGGCGUGGUGACGGCGGCUGGGACACGACGAAGAUUGACCAAGCGCAUCCGGUUGGCGUCACGUCGGUCUCGUGGGCCCCGUCCACUGCGCCUGGGGCUCUUGUCAGCUCCGGGUUGCUUGAUCCGGUUUACAAGCUGGCUUCGGGUGGGUGUGAUAAUACGGUGAAAGUGUGGAAGCUCUCUAACGGGUCGUGGAAGAUGGAUUGCUUCCCGGCUCUUCAGAAGCACAGUGACUGGGUGCGUGAUGUGGCUUGGGCGCCCAACUUGGGUCUCCCUAAGUCCACCAUAGCUAGUGGCUCGCAAGACGGGAAAGUGGUUAUAUGGACGGUGGGGAAAGAAGGUGAGCAGUGGGAAGGUAAGGUUCUGAAUGACUUUAAGGCUCCGGUGUGGCGGGUCUCCUGGUCCUUGACGGGUAACUUGUUGGCUGUGUCUGAUGGGAACAAUAAUGUGACGGUGUGGAAAGAGGCGGUUGAUGGAGAGUGGCAACAAGUCACCGCCCUGGAGCCGUAGUUUUUUUCCUUUUUAAUAUGAUUCGCUAUUUCUUACAAAGGAACGGAAUAAAAGACUCUUUCUAUCCUGAGCCUUUACGAGGGAAUGUGGAUGUGGUUUUACUUAAUUUUGGUCGAGACAUUUGGUCAUUUUUUAAUCUUUUUCCUUGGCGAUUUUCAAGAAAUAAAUUCUUUUUUUUUCCUGGUUAAACAGUUUAUUGAUUGUAUUAGGUAAUAUCAUAAUACAAAAUGUUACAAGUUGUAAUACGUAAAAAA